AUGGCAGGGGCGAGGCGGAAACAGAGCGCAGCGCGCAUUCAGAAGGUGCAUGUACAGCGUGAGAGCCAAGUCACACGCGAGAAUGUUUUCUUGUUUGUACCGAACUUGAUCGGGUACACUCGCGUGAUUUUGGCCGCUAUCUCCUUGUACUAUAUGCGCGGAAAUCCUCGUGUAUGCACGGUGCUCUAUUGUGUGUCAUGUAUUUUGGAUGCCUUUGAUGGCAAGCUCGCGCGCAUGCUGCAACAAAGCACCCGAUUCGGCGCUGUUUUGGACAUGGUGACGGAUCGUUGCACGACAGCAUGCCUCUUGUGCUACUUGACGGCAGCGUACCCGAAUUUUGCUUUAAUCUUCCAGGGUCUAGUGACCCUCGACUUUAGCAGUCACUACAUUCACAUGUACAGCUCGCUUGUGUCUGGCUCGACCUCACACAAAAAAGUCGAUUCCAAGACGUCGCGUAUCUUGGCUCUGUACUACACCAACACGCGCGUGUUAUUUGUUCUCUGCGCAGCAAACGAGCUAUUCUUUCUGUGCCUGUAUCUCAUGGCCUUCUAUACACGUCCGCUAGGGCUCAACAUCGCAUCCCUUCUCCCAAGUGCACUCUUUGACUGGGUUACGGCCGAUAAGAUGAGCUGGCAAUUCAAACUCGUGUACGAGACUAUUCCUAGCUUGACCUGGCCACAGAUCGUCGGUGCUAUCAGCUUUCCGAUGUGUGCUGUGAAACAGGUCAUUAACGGUGUCCAGUUCUGGAAGGCAGCAAAGGUGCUUGCCGACAUGGAUGUGCAGGACCGAAGUCGUCGCCGUAUGUAG